CGCGAUCAUCCGGGACUGAGGCCCUUCGUUCUCUCCGACGUCCAGCGCACUGGAACCGAAAUCGGCGGUGGGGCUUACGGCAAAGUGGAGGAGGUGGUCGUUUCUGUGGGCGCCGCCGCCAAAACAAUCUACGCCUUCUUGCGAGAUGCCAAGGCCGGGACCGAGUUCGUGAGGGAAUGUCAGCUUAUGAGUACCCUCCGCCACCCGAACAUCGUCCAGUUUCUGGGCGUCGCUUUCUUUCCCGGCUCGCGACUGCCAGCCCUGGUCAUGGAACAACUGCUGACGAAUCUUCACGACUUGCUGGCUCCGGACCUGCCCCCUCCGUCCGGCGCCAUCACACCGCUAUCUUUCUUCUCCAUGGCUCUCAAGUGCUCCAUACUUCACAACGUAGCUUGUGGCCUAGCCUACCUCCACGAGCGAUCGCCACCCGUCAUCCACCGCGACUUGUCGGCCAGAAACCUUCUCCUGGACUCGGAUAUGGUGGCCAAGAUAGCCGACCUGGGCGUGGCUCGUAUCAUUCCUCAUGUGAGAGCUGCAGCCACCAUGACAAAGGGACCUGGGGCCUUAGUCUACAUGCCUCCAGAGGUCUUUGCCGAAAAGUCGAAAUACGAUGCCAGCAUCGAUGUCUUCUCUCUUGGAGUGGUCACCAUUUUCACAAUCGGUCAAGUUUUCCCCUGUGAUCCUCAAGAACCCAACUAUCUCAAUGAUGGGACUGGGUUGCUAGUAGCUCGCACUGAACUGCAACGACGAAGCCAAUAUAUGCGAUACGUGAACGAGCAACUCCGUGCCUGUGGUCAGCUCCGUGGGGACCACCCUCUCAUUCGGCUGAUCCAGCAAUGCCUGCACAAUGGCCCUCACAAACGCCCGAGUAUUCGUGAGGUACUGCAUCUGUUGGAGGAGGCCAGAGCUGGUGUUAGAGAUGAAGGGAGUGAGAGGAACAAACGUGAACUGGUACGAGCUCUUCAGACCCAGCCCAGGAACCAGAAUUUGGAGCGUUUUCUCCGAGACCUGGUGACGGAGAAUGCUCAUCUCCAGUCCCGUGUGCAGGCCAAAGAAAGGGAGAUUGCUCGGAAGGAUGAGGAAAGUGAGAGGGAGAAGCAAGCGCUCAGACAAGAGCUGACAAGAAAGGAAGCAGAGCUGACGAGAAAGGAGGCAGAGGUGGCGAGGGCAGAGGAGACUAUCAGGAGAGAGCAGCAGCAGAUUCAGGAGAUGAGACAGAGAGAGACUGAGUUAGUGCAGGCCAAGGACAAGGAGAUAGCUCUGCUUCAGCAGCAACUGCGGGGAAAGUCAGCGUCCUACACAUGUCGGGUCAGUGGACCUGGUCUAACAUCAGACAGUCAACCAACCAACACACGUCCUAGUCCAACUAACUGACUCUAGUGGUAGACCAUACUCACUUCCACUGAAUGUCACCGCACAACUUGAGCUCGUUUUAAAAGCCACACCCAGAAAUCAACCUGAAGCCACACCCACCAGUCUCACUGUAGCCACACCCACUAAUAGAUGGCCGCAGUCUAGAGAACCUCCCUCCCAAUACGAGGUGUCGUACACACCAGUCAGUCGAGGCCAACACAAACUCCGCGUUCAAGUCAACGACAGAGAAAUAAAUGGCAGCCCCUUCACUGUGACCAUGUACCCUGACCCCAGACAACUAGGCCACCCAGUGAGGACUGUGACUGGUGGAUUGAAUUAUCCACAUGGAAUUGCCUUCAACAGUCAUCAGGAGAUGAUUGUCAGUGAAUGUGGGGGUCAUAGAGUGCCUAUCUUUGACAUCAGAGGACAGAAAAUUCGAACACUUGGAUCAUAUGGUGAUAGACCAGAUCAGAUGAUAUACCCUGCAAGCAUGGCAACUGAUGAUACUGACAAUAUUUAUGUGAGCAGUGAUCACAAGCUGCAGAAGUUCACUAGCAGUGGUGAACUGAUCAAAUGUAUUGGUCGUUGGGGCAGUAAGGAGGGGGAGUUUGAUGCUCCACAUGGAGUAACACUGUAUGACAAUCAAGUGUAUGUGUGUGAUCGCAAUAACCAUCGUAUUCAGGUGUUUGACCUCAACUUGAACUUUGUCCGAUCCAUUGGCUCACGUGGCAAAGGAAGAGGUGAAUUCAAUGCACCACUUGAUGUCAAAUUUGACACUGCCGGGAACAUGUAUGUAGCUGACUGGGGUAAUGGGAGAGUGCAAGUAAUGGACACCAGUGGCCAAUUGAUACAAGUAUUUGGUCAGGAAGGAGAGGGAAAACUGCAUCGGCCAUCAGGUCUUCAUAUUGCUGACAAGUAUGUGUAUGUGUCUGAUUUGAUUGGUAAUUGUAUUGUAGUGUAUGAGACCUCAGGUCAGUUUGUCACCUCAUUUGGAAGGUGUGGUCAGAAAGAGGGAGAGUUUCGUAGACCAUUCUGUAUCACCUCUUGUGCUGAUGGUUUUAUACAUGUAUGUGACCAUGAUAACAACAGAAUUCAGAUAUUCUAGAACACCCAAUGCUACUGUAUUGUCUAACAAUAUACCAAAGAG